GGUAUAAACUCCUGCCUGGGCAAAGCCUACCUGUUCUGUUUCCUGUUGUUGUGAGACUGUCAUCUUGUAGCAGCACAGAGUUAGCUCUGGGAUUCAACCAUGCCACUCGGUAGACUUCCUGGAUGGCUGUUUGCUGUGGCCUGUGGGCUCCUGCUUCUCCUCCUCCACGUGCACGGCCAGGACUCAGCCAGCCCCAUCAGGAACACACACACAGGGCAGGUGAGAGGAAGCCUCGUCCAUGUGAAAGACGGUGAACUUGGUGUCUAUACCUUCCUGGGGAUUCCCUUUGCCAAGCCACCUGUGGGACCACUGCGCUUUGCUCCCCCUGAACCCCCUGAACCAUGGAGUGGUGUGAGAGAUGCAACCUCUGAGCCAGCCAUGUGUCUGCAGAUUGAUACCACGAGUUCACAGUUUACAAAGGAGAGGAAGAUGAUCGUACCUCCCUCGUCUAUGUCUGAGGACUGCCUGUAUCUCAACAUCUACACACCGACUCAUGCCAAUGAAGAUUCUAACUUACCUGUGAUGGUAUGGAUUCAUGGUGGUGCACUGGUUGAAGGAAUGGCUUCCAUGAAUGAUGGAUCCAUACUGGCUGCUACUGAGGAUGUAGUAAUUGUCUCGAUCCAGUAUCGCUUGGGUAUCCUCGGCUUCUUCAGCACUGGAGACAAACAUGCCACAGGCAACUGGGGUUACCUGGACCAAGUGACUGCCCUGCGUUGGGUCCAGCAGAAUAUCGCCUACUUUGGAGGCAACCCUGGCCAGGUCACCAUUUUUGGUGUUUCAGCAGGAGGCACAAGUGUGUCUUCACUUGUUGUGUCCCCCAUGUCCAAAGGACUCUUCCACAGAGCCAUCAUGGAGAGUGGAGUGGCCCUGCUGCCUGACCUUAUCUCUGACACAUCUGAGGUGGUCCACACAACGGUGGCCAACCUAUCUGGAUGUGAGGCCAAGGACUCAGAGGCCCUGGUGCACUGUCUCCGAGACAAGAGUAAAGCAGAGAUUCUGGCUAUUAACCAGGUCUUCACUAUGAUCCCUGGUGUGGUGGAUGGGACGUUCCUACCUAGGCACCCUCGGGAGCUGCUGGCCUCUGUGGAUUUUCGCCCUGUCCCCAGCAUCAUUGGUGUUGACAGUGACGAGUGUGGUUGGGGGAUCCCCUUGUACAUGGGCCUUGAUCAUGUCAUAAAGAACAUAACCCGAGAGACCCUGCCAGCUGUUCUGAAGAGCAGAGCGGCACACAUGAUGCUGCCUCCUGAAUGUAGUGACCUGUUGAUGGAAGAGUACAUGGGGGACGUUGAGGACCCACAGACUCUUCAAGCACAGUUCAGAGAGAUGAUGGAGGACUUCAUGUUUGUGGUCCCUGCACUCCAAGUAGCACAUUUUCAGCGGUCCCACGCUCCUGUCUACUUCUAUGAGUUCCAGCACCAGCCCAGCUUCAUCAAACAUGCCAGGCCAUCCCACGUGAGGGCUGACCAUGGUGAUCACGCUGCCUUUGUCUUUGGCUCUGACUUCUGGGGCUUGAAACUUGACCUCACUGAGGAGGAGAAGCUGCUGAACAGGAGGAUGAUGAAGUACUGGGCAAACUUUGCAAGACAUGGGAACCCCAACAGUGAGGGUCUCCCCUACUGGCCUGAGUUGAUCCACGAUGAGCAGUACCUGAAGCUGGACAUCUAUCCUGCUGUGGGUCGAGCCCUGAAGGCCAGGAAGCUGCAGUUCUGGACAAAGACUCUGCCCCAGAAGAUCCAGAAGCUAAAGGGGGCUCGGGACAAGCAUGAAGAGCUUUAGUGCCAGUUACAGGAAAGGUGUGUGGUGUUGGGGAUGGAUGAGGUCAUCCCGAGGUUACAAAGUCCAUUUAUUUAUUUUUAUUCAUUCCAAACUCACAUAAGCCUUUCUAACCUCAGCAUUUCCCUUUCACUGUGUAUGACAAACCCUCUGUAUGCUACUCCUUAUCCUUCUGGACACAUUUUAUUAGACUCAAUAAAUGGUCCCACAACCAUA